GUUUACUGAUGUUUGGGCCUCAUCAGUUCCCGUAGUCAGAGCUGUUGCUUAGAAACCGUCGUCAAUAAAACACAGUUCAACUCCGCUGUACCGCAUCAAUUUAAAGGUAAAAUACGCUGGAAAAACUUAUCCUGAGACGUGUCAUAAAGUGUCAUCGCAGCAGUUUAGUGCCUAAAAAUGUCCGUGCCUUUCUCCAACACCCACCUGCGUGUCCCCCGUGGGUUUGGGACCAUUCUGGAAGGACUGGCGAGAGAAGUUCUCCGAGAUCAGCCAGAGGACAUCCCUAAAUAUGCAGCAGAACACUUUGAAGCCCUGCUGAAACAAAGAGAAGAGAGUGGCCUGGACCCAGCUGAGUGGGCUGCAAAACUAGAGGAUAGAUUCUAUAACAACCAUGCAUUCAAGCACACAAGUCAUGAGACCAUUUCCAAAGAAAAAUCAUAUGAGUCCCAAACUGAAGAUGAAUCCAGUCAUUUGGAAGAGGCGUCAUCUUUCAAUCAAAAUACCAAACCUAAUGAAGAGGCCGAUUUAACAGAAACUACAGACGACGAAGAAAGACAUGUUAUUCUGCAGGAGGAGUCAGUCAAGGAGCUUCCAGUUGCAAAUAUAGACUCACAUAAUCUGAGCGGGACAGACGACAAACAAGACCCAACGAUAACUACAGUUAAUCAAGCUGACAGUGCAGCUUAUGAAAACGAUAACAGCACAUUUUCAAACCAAAUAUCUGACUCUGACUUAGAGGCCUCUCAGUCACAAUCAUUUAGUGGGACUGCAAAUAUAGAUGUGUGUGCUCUGGAGUUGGGAGAGACAGAAACUGGAGGACAAACAUUUCAUAAAGAUGAGACUGAUGAUGGUAAUGAGGAUUUUAUGGACUCACAAGGAGAAAAAACAGUGGAAGAAACAGCGAGAACGCCCGAGGAGGCUGCAGCUAUUGAAGAACGCAGUGACGCACUUGCUAUCAGCGAAGAAGGCGAAACAUCCCAACUCAAAGAAACUAUUCUACAGUCGUCUCUUUCUCAAUUAGAAACAACAGAGGAUAGUCAUCAAGAAGCAGAACAUCAGACAGAAAACAUAAAGGAAGAAGAAUUAAUAGAAAGUGAAGCUUAUUCUGGGGAAACAAAUGAAAUUGUAGCUCCUGCUGAGGACGAUUUAGGUGAUAACUCUAAAACACAGGAGGAGUCUUUGGUUGAGAUUAGCUUUGAAGAUGUUCCAGAGGCUCAGCAGAUUACAGAGUCUGAGGAGACAAAGCAAGUGGUUGAAAGUUCAGAAGAGUUGCAAGGUGAGAAAUCAGAGGUGCAACAACAUGAAGAGUCUGAGGUUACUGCGGUGAUAACAGCCGAAAAUGUAUCUGGUACACAAGACAAUGAUGAGCCCAAAGUAGAGGGGGGAGAAAUGGAAGUUAGGUCUGAAACGGAGGAAAUGGACAGUCAGCAGGAGGCAUCUGAUAUGGCAAAAGAGAAUGUGGACUCUCAUUUAAAUGAUAGUGAUCAUAAUGAGAUGGAAGAAGGUGUUAAAAACAUCAGCACCACACAUCAGCCCACCACCGAGGCAGAGAAAGUGGAGGAUCAAAAUACUCAAAUUAUUGACGAUAAUGAGAAGAUAAGUGAUGGCGAAACACACCAGAGAGAGGAUUCUCAAACCAAAACAAAUGCAGAUGACCCCGACUACGGAGAAGCGAAAGACACGUUUGGAGAAAGUAAAGAAACCAUAAAUACUGAAGAUUCUGACGCAGAUGAGCAAGAAAUGAAGGAUAGUGAUCCUGAAAAUAAUUUAUCACAAACAGCUCAGUCGAAUGUAGAAACAGUUGGAUUGGAGGAAGAGAACAAAACUUUGGACUCAAGUGAAUGUGAUUUAACAGAAGAGAAGGAAGAGGAGCCGCAGCCAGAGGAUACGCUGGAAGAAAAAGUAGUCACCUCACAGGAGCCAAAUUCAGAAGUGGAACUUGUAGAAGAAAUUAAAAUGGAGAGUGACGUACAAGAGAAGAGGGAAGAGGGAAGCAUUAACCCAGAUGAAAGUGCAGACCAGACUGUCACUGACGACCAGGAAGAGCAGCGGUCACAUGGGUCUGAACAGGACGCCGUACAGCCUGAGGAGGAGAGUAACGACAAGUUAGCCCGUCUGAUUUGUCUGGACCAACAAGGUUCCAAACACGGAGAGAGGGAGUGUAGGAAGAAGUCCUAA